UGGCUGAGCUCAGAUGCCAAUCGACGCUCUGCCGGAAGUCGGCGCUGCUUCCUGUGUUGGAGCGGCCUGUACAAGCGCGUCCCGGAAGGCAGCGGUGACAGGAGUCGAGGCCUUCAUGAUGAGAACGAUUGAGAGCAUCGACUCCGAGGUUACCAGACCCAGCGAGGACCUGUGGGCUGAGAUCUGCUCGUGUCUGCCCCACCCGGAGCAGAAGGAUGUGAGCGAGGCCUUCACCGACUCGUUCCUGGAGUCCUACAGCAAUGGAGGAGGCAAUGGGGGCCCUGCACAGCCAAACCCGAAGCCCUGGGCACCCCUACACGACUCAGAGGUGUAUUUAGCAUCCCUGGAGAGAAGGUUGAUGAGAAUUAAAGGUUUGUCUCAAGAGGUGACCUCCAAGGACAUGCUGCGUACUCUGUCACAAGCCAAGAAGGAAUGCUGGGACAGGUUCCUCCAGGAGAAGUUUGAGUCUGAGCUUUACAUAGAGGGACACGAAUCUGAUGAGAGCACGCUGGAGCAUCUAAAGCGAUGGCUGCAACCUGAUAAAGUGGCCAUCAAUACUGAGGAGGUACAGUGCCUCAUCCCUCCGGAAUCACAGGCAGAGAAACAGGAGACUGAAGAAGAACGUCCAGCUGCUGAGCAGUGAGAUAUACAGCAGCCAUGGCUCAGAGCUGCCUCAUGUCCAACCCUGAUGAAGCUGUGUGCAGCAACAGUAAUGAUAGGAAGAGGGUGGGGGGUAAGUAAUGAGUGCCAGUUGUUGGUCAUUUAAAGACAACGAGAUGUUCAACACCAAAACAGCGCUGGACCUCCAAGGAUAUCGACUGGUGUUUGUUGUGGACAAGCGUGGAACAGAAUAUGCUGAACUUCAACCCUUUUUUGAUGUAGUCCCAGUGUGUAGCAAGCAAAUUGUUCUGGCAUGAAUGUGAAUUGUUUGUAAUUCAUCAGGAGCUGUAUUGAACUGUAGGGGAAAAAAAAAAACCAACCCAGCAGUCGUUUAGAAGCAUCAAAAAAGAUAAUGGUCUAGAAGAGAACAGAUCAAGCAAGCCACUCAAUCAGUUUUUGUUCUUGUCUUGUAACUUCUUUAUUUCUUAACUUAGUCCUUUUUCUUUCUUUCUUACAAAGUCUGUUGUUUGUUUUAUCAGACUUCACUAUUAAUGGGUUGGAUCUGAGCUUUACCCAGAGGAGGACAGAGGUUGUUCACCUGUCUAAAUGUGGAAUCCUAAGGAAGCUGUCACAUAAAUUGAUCACAGCAUUGAGAUUGUAGCAACAGAAGGCUUGGUAUCAUUCUUCUCCUUGUAAUGUUUCCUCUAAGAAUGUCCCAUUGAUUGGCCAUCCCAGCUCUGUUUCAGAGUGGACUGGAGGAAGAAUAUUUAAUUGUUGGUCAUUUUGUACCUGUUCUCAUUUCCUUCAGCCUCUGGAGAGGGUCAGGUGAGAUCCUGUAUCAGGAAAACAAAGAGUGAUAACUGAGAGGCUGCAAAUAGCUCGUUUUCAUCACAAAUGAGCACAAAAUUACCUAUGUUAAAACAUUCUAGCAUAUCUGUGUGUGUGUACAUGUAUAUAUAGAGUUCGUUCUGUUUAACUCUACAGAGGGUUGUUUCCCGUUUUAAGUCAAUAAAAGAAUCUGUAGUCAUGUGUAAGACCAAUGCUUCUUUAAGCUGUGCUUUGUCUUGGCAUUGACGCUACAGGUCGAUAGAGGGAAGCAGUGUACGUCUUCUGUCUGAUAAAGCUCUCUCUAUGGAAUGCGGAGGGGUAGUUCUAGUAGCUUAAGCACAUUAGAUUGUACAUUAUGUACGAAAUUACAUUUUAAAAAGGA